AUGAGCCGUUGUGACGACAGUGCUUCGGCGCUCUCCGCUGGCUGGGCUUUGGUGGCGAAGCAGCUGCUGCUGUUGCCCACGACCCAGGACAUGGCUCGCCAGGACACCUUUGUGAACCGGAGGUGGAAGUUCACGAGUCCGGCCGCACCUAGCGUGUCGACGAAAGAGUGUGCCCGGGCGUUCUUCAACCUGAUGCUGACCUGUCGACAGCUGUACCACGACCUGCCCUGGGCCAUGCCCAAAUGGUGCUUCGUCGACCUGUUUGGAACUGGACUGGAACACGCCCUCACGACCUGGGUCGACACGUUCCAAGCCGGCCUGCUCCCGCCACCCUUGCCUCGCGGCGACGAUGGUGCGGCGUCUUCGACACUCGCGACUGAAGAACUCUGGCUCGAGAACCGGUUCCUCGUGUACUGCUGGCUCGGAGCAACGUGGAACGGCCAAUGCGGCUUCUUGCGCGACAGGCUCCAAGCGUCUGCCGCUCACACCUCAGGCUUCUGGCACGAGUUUGGCAACUACGGCCGCGUCUGGUACAGCAGUUUAGACGACCUCCAGUCCUGGAACGAAUGCGCGCAGCUGGGCAACCUGAGCGACCUGGGCGAGGGGGCUGGACUGGAUGAGGAGGGUGUGGAUAUUGUGAAGAGAGAGGAGGAGGUGGGUGUAGUGGUGGGGGAGAAGGUGGAGGAAAUAGCUGAGGAGAUGGAGGAAGAAGUGGUGGAGGAGACAGGUGAGGAAGAAGUGGUGGAGGAGACAGGUGAGGAAGAAGUGGUGGGUGUGACGGUACAGCAGCAACAACAACAACAACAACAACAACAACAACAAGAACAACAACAACAACAACAACAACAACAACAACAACAACAACAACAACAACAACAACAGCCACAACCCGCCGUGUUCUUUGCCAGUGUCAAGUUCAGCAGCCAAGCAGACGCAGACCGCUUCAGUGAGCUCCGAUCCACAGUGUUGGGUGGUGCACGUGCAGAGAGGGUGGCCAUCACGACAUUCAUGCCCCUGGCCUCCUUGACGGUGUGUAAUGCAAGCGUGCUCGUCUUGAACACAAACUCCCUCGGGUCGGAGAGCGUCACCUUCCGCGACGUUGGACACGUCCGCUGGAUCGACCUCUCAUACGAGCGGCCCACGCUGCAAGGCGAGGUGUCCAACGUCGGCGGCAUCAGCUUCCUCGGCAUCAACAGACUCAGCGACCUGAGCGUGUUUGCCGGCGUCCCGGACCUGCGGAUCGCCUCAUCCCGGCACGUGGACCUGACGCCGCUCGCGGGCUUGAGGAAGCUCGUGCUGGGCGGGGGCAACGUGGACUGCGAGGCCGUGCUGGCAGAGGCAGAGGAGGGCGUGUUCCUCAACUUUGUGCCGCUGGGCAUCGACACGCUGCACGCGAAGCGGGUUGGCCUGUCCAACAUACGAAGCGACACGCCGGCUCGCAUGCAGUUCCCCAACGCCACCCACUUUGAGCUGCGACACGGCGCCCUGGAUGACGACGUGGAGUUUGUGCUGCCGCCACGCGUCGACACGAUUGUGCUUCGCAGCACCGGCAUGCCAAACCCAAAGAUCCCGCAGUUUGAGCACGCGCGGGUGCUGGAUCUCGACUGGCGUGGCAAGGUCAACCUGUCUGACGUGGCACACCGCGUGGACAAGCUGGUGAUCCGCAACCCACGCAUGCUGCACACCAGUGCAGACGACACUUUGGGUGGCCUGCUGCCAGUGCCAGACACCGUGCACGUGUGCCUGGAGAAAUUCCACAUCACCACGCCCGCCCUCGACGUGCCAGCGUGCGUGAAAGAGCUGUCUGCGGGCGCCGGCAAAACGGCCCGCGAAAACGUGUCUGGGCCGUGCCUGGCCAAUGUCCCGCUGCUGUCACUCAGCAACUACCGCCUGUGUGAUGUGGGCGCCCUGCGUGCGCGGCGGCAGCUUCACCUGGCGGACGUCGUGCUUGAUGGCGAGAUCAGCGACUGCAACCACGUGUCGCUUCGCCGCUGUCACGGCACCGUCGCCUUCAGCGGCACCACGUGGCUGUACGUGCAUGAGGGUAUGGUGAUGCCAAGCGGUGAUGAUGACAGCGGUGAUGAGGACGGUGGUGGUGACGACGACAUGCUGGGGUUUGGUCUUGGCACCCUGAACUUUGAGGGCUUGUUGUGGAUUGGGCGUGUGCGUGACGUGUCCACGUGCCACCUGCACUCGUGCAACAUCAUGGACUUUUCCUGCUUCCGCAACGUCCAGCGUCUCAUCGUGGAAGAGUGCACGUUCGAUGACCCGAGCGCACUGCCGGCGGUCGGCUGCCUCGUGGUCCGCAACUGUACCAGCGUCGACGACGAGUGGGCGUGGCCAGAUGUGGUGCUGGUGAACCGAACGCCAGACGACAUGAUGGCCGUGCUUAUGGGCGGCAGGGUGGAGAAGACCCUCAUCCCACCUCCAUUUGUCCUUCAGUUCUCCCACAUCGCUGCAGCCUUACUCAAGCCCGAUGUCGAGGUGGUUGUGUCCGACCUUUAUGCUGCUGUUGCCACCUUUGGCCUCGUCGAAGCAGAACAGAGCGAAGGCGGCGGUCACUAUGUUUCGUUUCUUCGUCAAGGAUCACAGCUCUUUCAAGCUGGUGUUCGCCCCGGCCAUCACCUCGUUGCCAUCGUGAUACAAGGCGUUGCACAAGUUGUACUCACGGGAGCGCACCCAAGAGUCGAAAGAGGCAUCACACCGUCGCAACUCAUGGAGCAGUUUCAGUCUCAUCCCCAGAGGCUGAGAGGCCUUGACGCAACCCUGGUGUUUAGGCCAAGCCCACAGCUACUUCCGAGUAUCAUUCACCGUCGAGAUGACGACAUGUGCCUACUCUUGGCCGAAUGCCUCAACAAUGGAGGCGGCAACGAAGACGUUGCGAUUCGGCGUCAUGUGCAGAAGGCACUAGGUUCUCGGAAUGGGUACCACCAACUGAAACAGAUUGCUUUCACAGCAAACGCAGCAAGCAGCCACCACUUCAUUGUCGCGAUUGGCGACGACGACGCACUCAACGGCGAAAGCACGACGCCGGUGUACAUCUGCUUUCAAAACACCCAAACCCUGCAACACGUCAUGACUGACAUGAAGGCCCUUGCCAGACCCCCAAUGCGAGAUGCCAUCGAAGGAAAUGUGCACCUUGGGUUUUUGGAAGUGGCAGAGACGAUUCCUAUUGAGCCCUUUCUCAACCUGCUGCGUGACACCAAGGCGAACAAGCGACACCGCUUGGUGUUUUGCGGCCACUCUCUCGGCGGUGCACUUGCUCAGCUGGUGGCACUCCGUGUUCUUCUUCGCUGCGAUGAGCUUUGCAUUCGCCAGAACGUGCACGUUGCCGCCUUUGGCGCCCCUCUCGUCGGCGACGACAAGUUUGCUGCCCAGUUUGAGAAGCAGUUCGGGCAUACACACGUGGCGCGGAAGAACUGCCGGUUCUAUGUGAACAAGGCGGACAUUGUUCCUCGCGUGCUCGUGCUGCUCACACGCGCAUUUGAAGGCGGGUCAAAGUCCAUGGAGCGACAGCGCUUGACCGAGGCGAUUCUCAAACAAACCUUCCAGCCCAAGUUACAAAUGCGCUUACCCGGGUUGAUGUCCAUGCUGCCUGGGCCAUCGGACUCCAACUUAUGGUCCAAGCUUGCUUCCUGUCUUCAGGCCCUAGCCAGGACAAGCAUCCAGUGCAACUACUCUGCUUUUGGCACGUACCUGAUUCGCCAAGGCGAAGACUGGGUUCCACACACCGAACCAGAAAGCAUUCGUGAGGCGCUCUUCAAGAGCACGUCGCUACGGAACCUCAACGCAGGGCUUCUGCAGUACCACAUGCUCAUGCAUUACCAACAAGGCUGUCAGCUCACGAACCGGCGCGCCUGGUAUCCGCAACAGGGCGAAGCGCUGCCGAGCCUGAAGGUCGACAACCCCGACUUCUCUGCGCCUCAGAAGAUGGAAUUUCAGCCUCUUCAUUCCAGCAUAACCUCGACACCCAGUCACCAGCAGCACCACCUUGCUUUUACAGGCAAGGGGUUUGCAUUUGUGACACACGUAACGAGCUCCCUUGACGAAUUUGGGCGUCAGUUCUUCCCCUUGUACCUCGAGCAUUGCCAGAGGCUGGAAGUCACAAUCACAUGCAAGAAGGAGCUUGCGCGUUCGGUUUUUGAGGUUCGGUUCCACACAAUAUUCAGCACCCGGCCAACCACUAUCAUGGUGGAUGUCACACAGCUCUCCGACCUGCCCAUGUCUGGAAAGCUGUCUGCAGUCGCAAAACUUCCACGCGACGAGGUCAUAAAUCAGGCUGUCUUACUGACGCUGUUCUCGCACGAUCAGAUGCAGCAAGAGAAGGUGCUUGACAUUCUCACGCAGCUGGAGUCUGGUGCCAUUUCCUCGCCUGCCGAGCGGUGGCUGUCCAAAAAUGCAAGCGCUGUUGCCUCUGAAGAGGUGCUUAUGUCUUCAGUGGCGUCGGAGCAGUCCAAAAAUCAAGCAACAACAGGGGAGGCAAUCCCGGCCACGGCAGCACACACUCCGGGUGAAAGCCAGGACAGGACUCCUGCGGAACCUGCUCGAAGUACGCUCCAGACCUUUGUGGCCGACCAUCUCAGAACAGCGCUCAACGCAGUGCUGCAGAACGCUCGUACAGACAAGGCAACGAAAGAAGACGCCCCCAGCAAGAUCCACCGCUACCGUGACGUUCCACAGGCCUUUCAAUCGGAUGCUGCGCUGACCGCUCAUGAAGCCGUGAAACUCACCGCCCAAUCAACGCGAAAAGUACUUGCCCGCACCGGUUUCCCCGACAUUGCUGUGCGAUCGGGGUUGACCGCGAUGGUAGCGGCUUCUUUCGUGGCUGCUGGUAUUGGCCUUGUCGCUCUUGGGUCCGUUGGCACAGCAUCUCUAGUCGUGAUCGAACCAAGUUUCCUGCUCCAGGGAGUUGGCGCAGCUACAGCUCUGUGCAGCAGUGGGGUGCUGUACACGAUUAAGCGGAACCAGAUUGAAUACCAAAAGAAUGUCCAGCUUAUGCUACGACUGCUGACACUCGACGCGGAGGACGUUCCCAGCGAACCAAUGUACUUCGCUGAGAAGGCCAUUGUGACCAAGGGUAUUGCGCAAAAGAUGAAGGCGGUCGUUGGUCAUCCCUUUGAGCCAGCUGACCUCGUCACAGAUGACUUUGUUCUGAAGUACUUCUCCAAAGUUCGGUCAGGGGGGCCCUUGUACGACAUCAGUGACGACGCCACUGCACGCAAACGGGCGCUCAUGUUUCUCCGUGACGUUUGGCUGAUUUAUCGCCUCAGGACCAUUCUCGCAGACACGUUCAUGUUUGGCAUCGUGGGGACGACAAAGACGGGCAAGAGCACGCUUCUGUCCCGCCUCAACUUCAAGGCCGUUGCAGACUCUGCCAUCAACACCAUGCGCAUUCAAUUCCACAAGUGGCCACAGGUCAAGCACAUUGUGUUUGUGGAUUUCCCCGGCAACGACGAUGUCAAUCACGCGGUCCGCGACGCGUUUUCUUCCCAUUACUCCAUCUUGGACGCUUGUAUUUUCGUGGUUGAGGCGGACAAGUCCAACACCAUGCGUGUCCAGGAAACCUUCCUCAUGGCGCUCAAACACGACAUUCCGGUAUUGCUGUGUUUCAACAAAGCUGAUCUUCUUCUCGUGCACACACAAGAAGACAAUGACGAUCGGGAUGGCACCACGCUUUUGCCAGACGAUGCGAGGCGUCAGGCGUGCACAUCGGCUGCUGAGCACAGUGAUUAUGAUGAUGAUGAUGGUGCCGCUGAUUAUGGUGAUGGUGGUGACGAUGAGGACGAUGGGUUCGAUGGCUACGAUGACUUUCUUGUUCUUGGCCCAUCGACACCCCUUCGUUCCGAGGCCGAGUUGCAGCAGAUAAUGCAAAAGCGGCUUGAUGCCCUUCUAGGCGACGGCGGCGCCAAGAUGUCUCCCAGUAGCAGCAAGGGGAUGCACAGCGUCGAAACGCACUCCUCAUCCGAGCAAGUCAGGAAGUUUGACACGUGCUUCACGUGCUUCACGCGCGAGUUGUCUCGUGCUGUCGAGCCGCAAGACCUACAAGAGCGCGGCAUCCUCACACCCGUGGAAGUGUUGAAGCGGUGGCUCUUCCCCACGCUGAAGCGUUGCAAUGUGCCCUUUCGUCAAUCCGAACACAAGGCUGUGCUCGAAUCCCUGAGGCGGAGGCCUAAACCAUAG